ACACACCCUCGACAAAAAUUUCUCUCUCAAAACACUUCUCUCUCUCUCUAAACCCCUCUCGCUUUUCGCUUCUAAUCUAAAUCUAAUUAGGGUUCCAUGGACUCCAUCAAUUUGUGAAGGGUUUCGUGGUUGCUUUUCGGUGAGUGUUUCAAGGGCGGUGUUGUUUUUUUCCGGAGCUUUGAGAAAUGGCAACCGCGAACCCUUUCGAUCUCUUGGGAGAUGACGACAACGACGACGUCAGUCAACUUGCGGCUAAGGUGGUGGUUCCUGCCGCCGCCGUCCAGCCCAAGAAGGGCGCUCAGGCCCCAGCUGCUCAGCCUGCUAAGUCGGCUAAGCUCCCCACCAAGCCUCCCCCGCCUGCUCAGGCUGUGAGGGAAGGUGGACGUGGAGGUGGCCGUGGCGGCGGGCGUGGGUUUGGUGGUGAGGGCCGUGGGUAUGGCGGCGAGGGACGUGGGUAUGGUCGUGGACGUGGUGGAGGUGGAAGUGGUGGUGGAUAUGGUGGGUAUAAUCGGGAGCGUAGCAAUGAUGAGAACACCAAUGGUUUCUCAGGUGGAGGGUACAGCAAACCUGAGGAGGGAGAUAGGGAUGUUUCUGAAAGGCGUGGAGGCUAUGGAGGGCCUCGUGGUUCCUUCCGUGGCGGACGCCGUGGUGGCUUUGGCAACGGUGAGGAUGCUGAAGGGGAGCGUCCUCGGAGGACAUUUGACCGUCGCAGUGGAACUGGACGUGGAAGUGACUUUAAACGUGAUGGAGCUGGUCGUGGGAAUUGGGGAACUCCCACUGAUGAAAUUGCUUCGGAGGUGGAGCCUGGCACUGAAGUCGAGAAGGAUGUUGAUGCUGAGAAGCCGUUGGGAGAGAACGAGGCUGCUGAUGCCAACAAGGAGAAUGCUGAGGAUGAGCCAAAAGAGAAGGAGCCUGAGGAGAAGGAGAUGACUUUGGAAGAGUAUGAGAAGGUUCUUGAAGAGAAGAGGAAGGCUCUGGCUGCACUGAAAACUGAGGAGAGGAAGGUUGACUUGGACAAAGAGUUGAAGUCUAUGCAGCAGCUCUCAAGCAAGAAGACAAAUGAUGAAAUCUUUAUCAAGCUGGGUUCUGAAAAGGAUAAAAGGAAGGAAGCUGCUGAGAAGGAGGAGAGAGCCAAGAAGGUUGUUAGCAUAAAUGAAUUCCUGAAGCCUGCUGAAGGGGAGAGCCAGAGGCACUACAGUGGUCGUAAUCGGGGCCGUGGAGGCCGUGGUUCAAGAGGUGGAUACAGUGGAGAAGGACAUGGAGGUCACUCGAGCAAUGCCAAUGCCAAACCAGCACCCUCCAUUGCAGAUACUGCGCUCUUUCCAUCUCUCGGUGGCAAAUGAGAGCCCAGCACAUCUAGUUCCAGCUCUAUUGUUAUUUGUCCAUUUGGGAAUGAAUGUGAUAUGAUUAGUGAGUGGCAGGCUAUCCACAGGAAUUUUUACUAUUUUAUCCUUUUUUUCUUAAGAACUAUUUUAUUAUCUAUGUUUUUGAGUGUACAUUUUAUGUCAUGGACAAAUGGAUCAUGCAUCAGUUUUGAGUUGGAAUAGAGAAUCACUGCUUUUGAAAUCUACAGUUUUGAGUUGGAGUGCAGAAUUAAUGUUUUUGA